CUCAGACUGCACGUGCGCGCCCCGCUGCCCGCCGGAAGGACGGAUCCUGGCUGUGUUUAUCUCGUUGGGGACUUAGGCGUCGGUUGGCGCGCAACUGGUUCUAGGCUUCUGGCAGCGCGAGGACUCGCGGCCCCGCCCCGGCCCGGCCUGGCAGGUAGCAGAGGCAGCAGGCCGUGCCGGGGGGGCAUGUUGCUGUAACCAGUGACCCAGGGGAUGUUACGGUGGACAGUGCAUCUGGAGGGCGGGCCCCGCAGGGUGAACCAUGCUGCAGUGGCUGUUGGGCAUCGGGUAUACUCCUUCGGGGGUUACUGCUCUGGUGAAGACUACGAGACACUGCGUCAGAUAGAUGUGCACAUUUUCAAUGCAGUGUCCUUGCGUUGGACAAAGCUGCCUCCAGUGAGGCCUGCCAUCCGUGGGCAAGCUCCUGUGGUACCUUACAUGCGGUAUGGACACUCAACCGUUCUCAUCGAUGACACAGUCUUCCUUUGGGGUGGGCGGAAUGACACCGAAGGGGCCUGCAACGUACUCUAUGCCUUUGAUGUCAAUACUCACAAAUGGUCCACACCCCGAGUGUCAGGAACUGUUCCUGGUGCCCGGGAUGGACAUUCAGCUUGUGUCCUGGGCAAGAUCAUGUAUAUUUUUGGGGGCUACGAGCAGUUGGCGGACUGCUUUUCCAAUGACAUUCAUAAGCUGGAUACCAGCACCAUGACAUGGACCCUUGUUUGUACAAAGGGCAAUCCUGCACGCUGGAGGGACUUCCACUCAGCCACAAUGCUGGGCAAUCACAUGUAUGUCUUUGGAGGCCGUGCUGACCGCUUUGGGCCAUUCCAUUCUAACAAUGAGAUUUACUGCAACCGUAUUCGCGUCUUUGACACCAGAACUGAGGCCUGGCUGGACUGCCCACCCACUCCAGUGCUGCCUGAGGGACGCCGGAGCCACUCAGCCUUUGGCUACAAUGGAGAGCUGUACAUCUUUGGUGGCUAUAAUGCAAGGCUGAACCGGCACUUCCAUGAUCUCUGGAAGUUUAACCCUGUAUCUUUUACCUGGAAAAAAAUUGAACCAAAGGGGAAGGGGCCAUGUCCCCGCCGACGCCAGUGCUGCUGCAUUGUUGGUGACAAGAUUGUCCUCUUUGGGGGUACCAGCCCGUCUCCCGAGGAAGGCCUGGGAGAUGAAUUUGACCUCAUAGAUCACUCUGAUUUACACAUUUUGGACUUUAGUAUAGCUGACAUGUCAUUUGAGGAACUGUUGAAAUUGCAGAGCCAAGUGGGAACCAAAACAUACAAACAAUUGGUAGCUGGAAACGGCACUAAGAAGCAAUGUUCUAGACCACCUGUCCGAAAUGCAUGUGUUGCAGAUAAGCACAGGCCUCUGGAGAUGUCAGCCAAGGUUCGAGUGCCAUUUUUACGUCAGGUUGUUCCAGUCAGUAAAAAGGUGGCCCGGGACCCCCGCUUUGAUGAUCUAUCAGGAGAAUAUAAUCCUGAGGUGUUUGACAAAACAUAUCAAUUCUUAAAUGACAUCCGAGCCAAAGAGAAAGAGCUUGUGAAAAAACAGUUGAAGAAGCACCUUUCAGGGGAGGAACAUGAGAAACUUCAGCAGCUACUUCAGCGAAUGGAACAGCAAGAAAUGGCACAGCAGGAAAGAAAGCGGCAGCAGGAGCUUCGCCUGGCCCUGAAGCAGGAGCGGCGGACUCAAGCCCAGCAGGGUCAUCGACCAUACUUCCUGAAGAAAUCUGAACAGCGUCAGUUGGUCCUAGCUGAGAAGUUCAAGGAGCUGAAGCGCAGCAAGAAGCUGGAGAGUUUCUUGAGUCGAAAGAGGCACCGAAAUGCAGGCAAGGACAAGAGACAUCUCCCUUUGAGCAGAGAGUAUUGAAGAACUGUCAUCUGUCUGCACUGCCUAGGGAGACAAGGGUCUGUGGAGACAUGGAUCUCUGGGCUCAUUCUCCUGGUUCUUUGCUGUUCAAGGGCAAGGAAAGAUCACAUCCAAUCUUGAACUCAGAAGAUUAGGGCUCUUGGACUCCCCCUAGAGCAGGACAAGAAAAAUAGCUCAGCCUUCUGCUACGUCACACUGCCUGUAUUUGAAUUUGGUUCAUUAUGUCCUUCUGCCUUUCUUCCAUCCUAGUCUUAAACCAGUGAUUCUGGUACUGAAGAAAUGGGACCAUGAAGUCUGUGGCAAUAGGGCUGGGACUUUAUAUAGGAAUCAUUUCAUAAACAUCUGUUAUUUUUCAUUA